AUGGCUUACAACGACGACUCUGUUCGCGCAAAGCUCUCCGCGCUCAAUGAAACCCAGGAGGGUAUUGUCACCGUCGCGCAAUGGGUCAUGUUUCAUAGACGCCAUGCGGACCGUACUGUCCAGCUCUGGCUACAAAAGCUUCGAGACUCCCCCGCGAACAAGAAACUAAAUCUCAUUUACCUUGCCAACGAAGUAGCGCAACAGUCCAAAGCUAGACGCAAAGACGAUUUUAUUAUUGCAUUCUCUCCAAUCAUUGCGGAAGCUACAGCAGUCGCAUACAAAGGCGCAUCCAGUGAAAUUCAACAGAAGAUUCGACGGGUUGUUGAAGUCUGGAGACAACGUGGUGUCUUUGAAUUGCCGAUCCAGGAAGCUGUAGAAGCUCGUGUCAAUGAAUUGGACAAGAACCGUUCCUCCGGAAAGAAGCCUAUGCUAGGUGGAUCGCUUUUCAGUUCAGGAUCCGUACCACCUGAACUCCAACCACUGGUACAGCUUCAGCUCAACGUUUCAAAGGGCUCCGUGACGUCCGGUACGGCUGUCAACACAGCCAACGCCGAGUUUGACAAGAUGAAUGAUCCUAACAUACCGACGCCUCCAGCACCCGUGCAUGCAGCCCGUCUGAGCCAGCUUCUCAAGUCACUAGCGAAUGCCGAAAGCUCGGUUUCCGAAAUCAUCAAAUCACGCCAAGCUCUUAUGGAAGGUCUUGAAAAGAUGCUUGAAACCAAUCGUACCGCUCUUUCCAGAGAAACCGCUCUCUUGACACAGAUGGGCGAACGCAAGAGCGACACAGAAAUGCGGAAGCGCGAGGUCGAGGAUGCGAUUAUGCGUGGUCUUUCUGCGGAGGAAUCUUUGACCCCGGCUGACAAUGCAGGCGGAUUAGAUAAUGAGCCCGCUCGACCUACCGUUGAGGCUUUGACACCUCCGCCUGUAGAGUCGCUGACUCCUACAGGAUCGCCCGUACGACAAGCUGUGAAUGAUGCCCAACAAACUCAGCAGCAUCCUUUUACUUUGUCGGAGGAUCAUCAAAUGGAUUGGUCUUCGAAUAUGCAUUCUGGUCUAUCGCUCGAGGAAUCUGGCGGGGAUGAAUCUAGGAAUGGUUUCUGA